AUGCCCGGCAAAACCCUCCUCGUCCUCGGCAGCGGCCCGGGUAUCGCCGUCGGCAUAGCCAAAAACUUCUCAGUGCGAGGUUUCACGCACAUCGCCUUAGUAGCCCGCAACGCCGACCGGCUGAAGCAGGACAAGGACCAGAUCCUCGAUGCCAUCCAGGAGCGGGGAUACUCAUGUCAGGUCAAGACUUGGACGUGUGAUAUUGCCAAGUCUGAUGAGCGGAAGAAGGUGCUAGAGGAGGUGGAGGGUUUUGGCAGUUUGGAGUGUGUGUUGUAUAAUGCGGCGAGGGUGGCGGGGAAGCCGCCGUUGGAGGAGAGCGUGGAGGAUAUGAGGGCGGAUUUUGAGUUGACGAACAUUGCGUUGUACGAAACUGCACAAUGGGCGAUUCCUGUUUUGCAGAAGGCUGCAGGCGAUGAUCGAUCACCUUCGUUCUUAGUCACGAGCACGACGCUGCUCUACAAGGAGCCGGUGCCGGAUCUCGUUUCGCUUUCGAUGGUGAAGAGCGCUCAGCGUGCUUUGGUACUAUCGAUACACGACAAGUACGGCAAGGACGUCCACAUCGGCUUGCUGAGCAUUGGUGGCGUAGUCUCGCCAGAUGCAAAGAACCUCAGCCCGGACAGCAUCGCUGAUAGAGCUUGGUUGUGGUACAAGCAGCCGAAGGAGAAGUGGGCCAGAGAGGAGGAGAUCCACGAGUAG